UCAUUGUUAUAUAUAUAUAUAUAUAUAACAAUGAUUCCUGAUCACUACUGUUGAUUGGAAUGAUUCAGAUCGGUUUACAGAAGCUGGCUCUAGGAUGAUCCAACCAAUGACAGUCCUCUCACCAAACGUUGUCGUCAUUCGGUCUAUUUUUGUCUGUGAUCGGCUGCAAUCUCAAGUGAAGAUGUGCAGGUUGUUGUUGAACACCCGAGUGGUUGAUUUAAAUGUUGGGUUUUUACUUUUAUCAUGGGAGGGAGGAACAGGAAGGAGGGGGUUGAGAGUUGCACUGUGUUGUGUUGGCUCUUAAUUGUUUUGUAAGACUCAUACCAAGAGACUUGGCCACAGAAUGUAUAUUACUGUACGUCUUUGAGAAGGAGAGUGGUCUUGACGAUUUGCAUCUUCUGAUUGCGCUGCUAGUGCUUCGUCACGUGGGGAAUGGGGAUGGGAACGGGGAUAUAGAUUUUUACAUGGAGGGGAGAAAUGAUGGCACAAAGGCUAGUGUGUGACAAAAGAAGACUGAAGAAUGAUGAGAGGAAAAAGAGAUGUGAAGCGCUGUUAGGUGAGAAUCAGUGACUGAAAAGAAAUGGCACGUUGGAAAGAAGUAUGGGGGGGGGGUGCUUUGCAUCAGUGCAGCAAACAAUGUACAGAAUUGCCAAUGUAUGACCUCUGUCACACGCACUCAAACUUACUCCCAACGCGUACAGGCGCAUUAUCUCAAACACACACUUCCAUCCCCAUGCUUUGUAAAUAUGUAGACGUUGGUGGACUGUAGUUUGUAGAGCUCUAAAGAGGCUGUAUAAGGAGGAAUGUUUAAAAGAAAAACACACAUACCUAAACGCAGUGCUUCUCUUCUGGAUGGAUAUAUAUAUAUAUAUAUAUAUAUAUAUAUGCCACAUGUAGAAGUAAACCCCCCUCACCGAGUCAGUGGGUUACUAUGGGAUGGAGGGGGGGGGUUGUUAUGUGAUGCACUCUACUUCAGUAUAGCGGAUCUCAUUGUUAAGGGGCCAACAACCUUGUAUAUUUUAUUGAAGGUUCAAUAAAGGAAAAACUCCACUUUUCAAACUGAUCCUGAUCUGUUUGUGUGACGUCAUUCUUUUUGACACUUUGAAACGGCUUGAUUUGAAAUGAGUUUGAAAUACACACCUUGCCUGCUGGGAACGUAAGAGAUCAAUUUGUACAUCACGUAAGCCAACAAACCAGUGUGAUGUUUAUUGGAUAAAUGAUAAUGGUAGACCAGGCUUCUGGUAAGUAUCAAGUUGACUUGUGUGUUCAUAUUCUGGGCUGAGGGUGUUACUCAGUGGCUUCCUGUCACUGUUUUAAGCCUACAGCCUCACAUGAGGAAAUCAAAUCCACCAGUGUGCUUCUGAAGAAAAGGUUGAGAACAGUAGCCACUGUUCAUUUGUCAAUGUGUCUUUUACACGAGGACAGGAGACCGGGCUGCUUAGAUGGAGUGUUCCGAGCCUGGAAGCUGUCAACUAGACUGCAUGGACUCUGAAAUAUCAAGUUCUCUCUCCAGGAUGUCAGUGGCCCGGUCCAGCCCGGGUACCCCUGAUCGACCUUCUGCGCCCGGGCCCCUCCAGGCACCUCUCGGCCCUGCCUUGGUCCAGUUCCAGCUAGGCCUCUUCAGGGAGGUGGUAUGGGUGCCUAGAGGGCAGCUCAGCUUUCCCCAUGCCAAGAGACUGGCGGCAGAGAUCAUAGAACGCAAGGCUCCAGACUGCAGUGUGGUGGGUGUAGGGGAGAAGGUCCUCCUGUUUAGACACCAGCCUGGCUCAGAACACCACCUCCACAGACUCAGAGACCAGGAUCCACUGCUGGACGGUGACCUCAUAGAGGUCAUCCUCUCAGGAUCGGCUGCUGUGACGGAGAUGAAGAUCCGCCCACACACCCUGGCUGUCCAAUCAUAUCGCACCCCCACCUUCUGUCACCACUGUGGUGAGAUGCUAUGGGGACUGAUACGUCAAGGGUUAAAAUGUGAAGGUUGUGGGUUAGACUUCCAUAAGCGCUGUGCGCUGCAGUUGCCUAGUGACUGUAGCCGCGCACGGCGUCGUGUGUGUGGCCCCAGCCUGUCCCUGUUCCCCUCUGGCAGGCCCCGGACGCACUCCCUCUCCACACCUGCAGGAGGCAGUCUAGAGGAGGUCAGAAUGCUUAGAGAUACAAUCAGCAUGUCCAAGCCCAGGUCCAGACCCCCGUCGUGGACAGAUCACCCGGUGUGGCUGGGGGUGGGCCAGGGAAAGGAUGGUGAGACGGGCAGGGCCAGGGUGCCCCACACCUUCCACAUCCACAGCUACACCAAGCCUACCGUGUGCCAGCACUGCCGCCACCUCCUCAAAGGCCUCUUCCGCCAAGGCCUGCAAUGCACCGACUGUAAGCUGAACUGCCAUCGUCGCUGUGAGAGCUCCCUGGUCCCCGCGGACUGUCCUGGAGAGAGGAGGAACACCAAUGGGGAAGGAGACUCAGUGUCCAGUCUCGGCUACAAGAACGACACAGAGGAUGAUGAGGAGGAUAUGAGCUUGAGUUUAACAUCACUAGAAGACGAUGACAACGAGCCGUCUACCGAGGUUCCAUUUGCAGAGAACAAGGAAGUGGGACAUCAGCCACCAAUCAUUCCAUGUUUCAGUAGUUAUAUUCCUCUAAUGCGGGUAGUCCAGUCAGUCCGUCACACUAAAAGACAGGCCAGUGGAGUACUGAGAGAGGGUUGGCUACUGCAUCACACCAACACUGACACACUGAGGAAACGUCAUUACUGGAUAUUGGACUGGAAGACUAUCACUCUGUACCAGAACGAGAUCAACACCAAGUACUACAAGGAGAUUCCUCUAUCUGAGGUGCUGCAGGUACGAGGCCCCGCCCAGUUGUCUGUCCCCUUGUUGCCCGGCAACAGUGCCCACUCCUUCGAAGUGGUGACGGGCACGCUGGUGUACUGUGUGUCGGCGGACCGGGACGGACAGGCCUGGGAGACCGCCGUACGCCAGGCUCUGAUGCCCGUGCUGAACAGUGGGCAGGUGGACAAACGGGGACAAGACCAUGAACUCCAGAGUGGAAAAGGCCCGGAUGUCAGCUCAGUGUAUCAGAUCUUCACUGAUGAGGUGCUGGGUUCAGGACAGUUUGGAGUAGUGUAUGGAGGCACCCACAGACAGUCUGGUCAGCCAGUGGCCGUCAAGGUCAUCGACAAAACCCGUUUCCCUACCAAACAGGAGAGACAGUUGAGGAACGAGCAGGCAAUUCUACAGAAUCUGUCCCACCUCGGUAUAGUUCUACUGGAGGGCAUGUUUGAGACCAUGGAGCACGUAUUCAUUGUCAUGGAAAAGCUCCAUGGAGAUAUGCUGGAGAUGAUUCUGUCCAAUGAGAAGGGCCGACUGCCAGAGCGCACCACACGUUUCUUGGUUACACAGAUUCUAGAGGCCCUGCGCUACCUGCACUUCAAACACAUCGCUCAUUGUGACCUGAAACCUGAGAAUGUACUGCUGGCCUCCCCAGACUCUUUCCCUCAGGUAAAGCUGUGUGACUUUGGUUUUGCCCGCAUCAUCGGCGAGAAGUCGUUCCGCCGGUCGGUGGUGGGCACACCGGCCUACCUGGCACCCGAGGUCAUCAGUAGCCAUGGUUACAACCGCUCGCUGGACAUGUGGGCGGUGGGUGUGGUCCUGUACGUCAGCCUGAGUGGAACGUUCCCCUUCAACGAGGACGAGGACAUCAGACAACAGAUCACCAACGCUACCUUCAUGUACCCCCGCCUGCCCUGGUCUAACAUCUCACUAGAGGCGGUGAGUCUUAUCAACAACCUGCUCCAGGUUGCAGUAAGGUGUAGGUUCAGUGUGGGAAAAGCACUGGGACACCCCUGGUUACAGGACUUCCAGUUGUGGUGUGACCUGAGGGAGUUUGAGAAGAGAAUGGGCUGCAGGUACCUGACCCAUGAGGGGGACGAGGACCGCUGGAGAUGCCACGCCUUGGACAGGGGCCUGGUCUUCCCCUCUCACCUCACCUGGACCCCUGGGCACGAUGACAGCCUGUGACCCUAGGCCCAAAUGUCAAAGGUGAAGGGUCGGACAAGAUGGCUUCUGGACUACUGGUGUGUUUCAGUGGUGUUCAGCAUAAACAACUGUCUGGAUGCUGUUAGUGGAAGUUGGAAUGGAGGCUGUUUUUAUAGCAGUCUCGUAGAAAAAGAUCACUGGAAGAGAUGACGGAUUCGGACACAGUGACAAAUCCUGGACUUUAUGGUGCCCUAGUGGUGCCAGCUCUUGUAGUGGUUAUUGUUUAAUAAAUCAUAAU